UCCAGAGGGUUGUUUUCAGGGAGACCUACUUCACAACUUGACCCACCACCUUUCAGCUCUCUCAGAUUCUUUACGAGUUCUACAUCAUGCCAAUGUCCUUGGACACCCGAUCUAUAAGCUCAACCUCAACGAGCGACGAGUAUCUCAGCAUUACGUCGGAUACUCCAUCGUCCUACAAUCCUUCCUCUCCAACAAGUGAGUGGUCAGAGCGUGAUGGAGAAACCUUGGAAGUACCCGCUACUAGUAGUAGUAGUAGUAGUAGUAGCGCUACUAGUGCCACCGGCGAUGUUACUACUAUCGCUAUCGACUUUGCCGCGCAUAAACGUGGACGAAGCCGAUGUCAACACCCCGGACAAGUGGAUUCGUCGCCACCCUAGCAUGGUUCGACACACGGGGAAACAUCCAUUCAACUCUGAAGCCCCAUUCGACAAACUCUUCGCUGCUGGUUUCCUCACUCCCACCUCCCUCUUUUACGUACGAAAUCAUGGUGCUGUACCCUACGUAGACGCCGACCGUGCCGCGAAUUGGAGGUUACGUAUUCAUGGAUUGGUCGAGCGUGAAGUGGAGUUUUCGAUCGACGAUCUAAAAGAAAAAUUUCAGGUCGUGACGCUCCCCGUCACUCUAGCUUGUGCAGGAAACAGACGGAAAGAGCAGAACGUCGUUCAGAAGACCCUUGGAUUUAACUGGGGCCCAGCGGUCCUCUCCACUGCACUCUUCACGGGCGUUUACCUCGCCGACGUCCUCAAAUACGUACGCCCCUUUCGUCCAAUGACAAACAAGCAUGUCAUAUUUGAAGGUGCCGAUACGGAUUUGCCCAAUGGACCUUAUGGAACGUCUCAGACGUUGAGAGAGGCUUCUGACAUUGAGAAGGGUAUAAUGAUCGUUUGGGGAAUGAACGGUAAAGCGUUGUCACCCGACCAUGGGUUCCCCUUGAGGACGAUCACUCCGGGUCGGGUUGGGGGAAGGUCGGUCAAAUGGCUGACGAGCAUCGAGGUUAGCGACACAGAAUCUCAGCAUCACCUUCACUUCUUCGACAAUAGGGUAUUGCCAACACAAGUGACUGCCCAACAAGCCCGCGACGAAAAGCACUGGUGGUACAAUAAGAAUUCCCUUCUCAACGAUCUCAACGUUAACAGCGCUAUAGCACACCCCAGUCACGGUGAAAUAGUGCAACUCUCGAAGCUGCUGUCAUUGCAGACAGUGGCAUCGUACGAUAUCAGAGGGUAUGCUUACUCUGGAGGUGGUCGGAGAGUCACACGAGUGGAGAUCUCGCUGGACCAAGGUAGCUCGUGGAAGAUCAGCGACAUAGUGUAUCCAGAGGAUCUGUACCGGAUGGUAGCAUUUGAGAGCAAGUUUUACGGAACGCUGGACUUGACCGAACGUGAAACUAGUUUUUGCUGGUGUUUCUGGAAAUAUACUGCAUCCAUCGAGGAGCUAUCGAAGAGCGAUGCGAUAAUCGUCAGGGCCAUGGACGAAGGUCUUGGAAUUCAACCACAGGAUAUGUAUUGGACUGCUUCCGGACUGAUGAACAACUGGUGGUUCCGCAUUGCUAUCCACCACGAGGUCAAGGACGAUGUUGAUAUUUUGCGUUUUGAGCAUCCAACGUUACCCGGCGUAACUCCUGGUGGAUGGAUGGAGCGAAUCAAAAAUGCUGGCUUGAAUCCUUUAAGACCAGAGUUUGGUGCUCCCAAACAGGGAAAUAACCACGACGCCGUUUCUCGUCGACCUCUACAAGAGAAGUGCGAACCGGCCAGCAUGACUGACCCCGAAGUUAACCGAGAAAAAGCCCUGUUCGUCGUGGAUGGGAAUGUCUACGAUGGCACGAAUUUCCUUGAGGAGCAUCCAGGAGGUGCGGACUCGAUCUGGUUAGCCUCAGGCGAAGCAGAUGCUACAGAAGAUUUCAUCGCCAUUCACUCCGACGAUGCAAGAACCAAGUUGAAGAAGUUCCAUAUCGGGAGGCUUCAAGCGAAUGAGGCCGAAUCACAGGGAGACGACACUACCGACGCACCACCCGACGAUGACCCCUCAGCAUCUGUAGUAUUUUUGGAUCGACGGAAAUGGAAGGCCGCCCGCCUUGUCGGGGUGACCGGUGUCUCGCACGAUUCCUUCAUCUACCGCUUUGCCCUCGAAUCGCCAGAGCAGCCUUUGGGAUUGCCUGUCGGUCAGCACGUGUUCGUUCGAUUGAGAAGGAAGACGACUGGGGAGAUGGUCCAACGAGCGUACACUCCGGUCUCACAACAAGAUGAGCACGGUCAUAUUGAUUUACUGAUCAAGCUAUACCUCCCGUGCGUUGCGUUCCCGCUCGGUGGUAAAAUGACCGUUGGUUUCCAUGAGCUUCUUGUUGGCGAUACCGUAGAGUUCAAAGGGCCUCUCGGUUCUUUCGUCUGGGAAGGCAAGGGCAAUGUGAGAUGGAAAGACGUCCCUCGUUCAGGAAUACGUCAUCUGGGCCUCAUCUGUGGAGGAAGUGGAAUCACCCCCAUACUCCAAGUCCUUCGGAGCGUCCUUCACGACGAGGACGAUUCGGAGACGCGUCUUUACCUCCUCGACGCCAACAAAACGGAGUCGGACAUAUUGUGUCGGGAAGAGCUUGAUACGUUGUACGAACAGCACGGCGAUAAAAAAGCCCAGACUAGUGGAUACGCCGCCGCCGCCGGCGGGGGACAAGUCCUCCUCCAACGACUAAAGAUACACCAUACGCUUAGUCGACCACCGCCCGAAUGGGCUUUCAGUACGGGAAGGAUCGAUGAUGGUAUGUUGGAAGCUCUUAUGCCUCCACCGGCGGACGAUGCGAUGGUCUUGGUGUGUGGACCUGACGGUAUGAUAAAUGACGCGGUGAAGCCUGGGUUGGAAAGACUUGGAUGGGAUGUCUCCAAAGCGCUUGUCGUGUUUUAGUUAUGUCUGUGCUAGGAGACCAGGCGAGUAGGACGGCCUCGAUCAGGUUUGGACCUUCUUUACAAUCUCAAUUGUAGCUGUUGGCUUAUGUAAGCCGUGAACAACUUUG